UAAAAAGCAUUCUAGAGUGAAUAGUUUUUAAACAGCCAUCUGCAGAUAUGUGUGAGGUAUUUCAAAACAUCAUCAUGGGUUUCAGUGGCUUCAUAAAGGAGUAUUUUCAUGGAUUCUGGGACUAUGAGACCCCCAAGGUGAUGGUGGUGAAGAACAGGACGCUUGGAGUAAUUUACAGAGGUGUUCAGUUUCUGGUGAUCACCUAUUUCAUCUGGUACGUCUUUAUAAGUCAGAAAGCCUACCAAGAGAGUGAAACCCGUCCAGAGAGUUCUGUUUACACUCUCAUGAAAGGCACAGCAGUCCGUGGGGAUGAAAUCCUGGACACUGUUGAGUAUGCUCGACCCCCAGAGGGAGGAGAUGUCAUCAGUACAAUUUUGAGACGUGAAUUCACAUACAAUCAAAAGCAGGGUACCUGUGCCGAGUAUUUCCAAGUUGCCAAAGCCAACUGUACGAAAGACUCUGACUGUGUGGAGGGGGAGGUUGACUUUAAUGGCCAUGGCAGAAGGACUGGUAGAUGUGUUCAGUACUACAACCACACUUUUAAAACCUGCGAGGUCCAAACCUGGUGCCCUGUUGAGGGGUACGCUGUUGUACGAGAACCCGCAUUAGUGGAAGCCAUCAAUUUCACUGUGUUCAUCAGGAACUUCAUCCACUUCCCCAAAUUUAAAGCGCAGAGGGGAAAUAUUAAGAAUGACUUAAAGAAGCGUGACUUGCAAAAGUACCUCAGUAAGUGUCAAUACGAUGAAGAGAAGGAGCCAUACUGUCCAAACUUCCGUCUGGGAUACAUUGCAAAGCAGGCCAGAGAGAACUUUAAUGAACUCUGCAAGACGGGAGGUGUGAUUGGAGUUUUCAUCAACUGGCAGUGCAACCUCGACCUGGACCGUUCAUACUGUAAACCCACAUAUUCAUUCCGCCGUCUCGACCUCCGAAAGGAUCAGGCCAGCUCCGGCUAUUAUUACAGGUUUGCCAAAUAUUACGAUAAGGAUGGAGUCGAGUCUCGAACAUUGAUCAAGGCCUUUGGCAUCCGUCUCGAUAUUAUAGUUCAUGGACAUGCUGGUAAAUUUAGUCCCAUUCCAACCAUCAUCAGCACCGUGACGGCUAUGACGUCUGUUGGGAUAUGCACCAUCAUCUGUGACUGGAUCAUGCUCACUUUUAUUGACAAGAAUGAAGUCUACAGUGAGAGAAAGUUCGAUGAAGUGGUCAAGGAGCCCACAAACCCCGUUUCUCCAGACCCCAUCUCCACAGAGCUCAGCUUCAUCAACAGCUUUGGCUCAACGCAUUCAGACCUGUCGGACGGGGUGCCGCUGUGA